AUGAUUCAGAGCCCCUUUUUCCCUGAGGCGAGGUUGACCGAGUUGAAUUUUAGAACCCCUUUUCCUGAAGGCAAGGUUGACCGAGUUGUGGUUCAAAACCCUUUUUGCCCUCAGGCGAGGUUAACUGAGUUGCGAUUCAGAGCCCUUUUUGACCUAAGGCAAGAGCCCUUUUGCGUGAAGGCAAGGUUGAUCGGCUUGUGGUUCAAGGCCCCUUUUCCCAAAUGCGAGGUUAACCAAGUUGCAGUUCAGAGCCCUUUUGCCCAAAGCAUCAGCGACGUCGUCGCGCUUAAAGCUCUGUCUCGCUCUCUCGAUGAUCUGUGGAGGAUGAAAAAUAAUGAUGGUGACGAUGUUGUUGUUACACUGAUUGUUAUUGCAGUUGAUGUGAACGAAGAGAUGGCACUAAAGUGA